AUGACAUCUGUAAUAAACUACAGAUUUCGAUCGAACAAGAACUUUUCUCGGAUUCUGUUUCAGGGGACAGGGCUUCCUCUGUGGGAGCUCAAGUAUGAAAUAAUCAACCAGAGGAAGAUGGUUUCGAAAGAUUUCGAUCUCUUGUUUUUUGACGGAGAGACAAAUGAGGAAAUAAACGACGAGUAUCAGCUGAUUUCGAUGAAUAGCCAUGUAAUAGUGAACAGGAUUCCUCUGUGGAUGUCCAAGGGCGGAUACAACGUUAAAGAGAAGCGACUAGAGUCGCAGGGCCAUCACCACAGCACACAGAAGUAUAACAAAGCUGUUCCCGAGAGUUAUGUGUGCUUCCGAUGUGGGCAGAAAGGGCAUUAUAUCCAGAAUUGCCAUACAAACCAGGAUAAGGCAUUUGACAUCCUAAGAAUCAGGAAACCCUCUGGGAUUCCCAAAGAUUUUCUUGUCCCGGUAUCUGGGGAAAGUGUGCCAUCCAAUGCGGCAAUGCUAGUUACACCCGAGGGGGGAUAUGUCAAAGCACAGCCACAGGUCCAGGAGUGGAAGAAGUAUAAGCAAAGGAGUAAGAUGACUGUUGAGAUUCCGGACAGACUCAAGUGCCCCUCAUGCCAUUGCUUGCUAGUAAAUCCUAUGAGGACGAGCUGUGGGCAUACUCUAUGUGACCAGUGUGUAAGAGUAGACAAAAAGUGCUAUGUAUGCUCUAAGGUCAUUGAGAGCUUUACACAGGAUAUAAAUAUGAAAAUUGAGGUGGAAAGGGCCAUAGAACAGAGAAAAUAG